GUGAACAAUUUUCUCAUGACAGGACCAAAGGCUUACCUCACUUACUCCAGCAGCGUGCAAGUUGGGGCACAAAGCGGAAUAGAAGAAUGUAAACACCAGUUUGCGUGGGACAGGUGGAACUGCCCUGAGAAUGCACUCCAACUGUCUACUCAUAAAGGACUCCGAAGCUCCACAAGAGAAACAUCCUUCGUACAUGCGAUCAGCGCUGCUGGUGUGAUGUACACCCUAACCAGAAACUGCAGCCUUGGAGACUUGGACAACUGCGGCUGUGACAAUUCCAGAAAUGGGAAAAUUGGAGGCCGUGGCUGGCUGUGGGGAGGAUGUAGCGACAAUGUGGACUUCGGGGAGAAAAUUUCCAAGAGUUACGUGGACGCCCUUGAGACCGGACAGGACUCACGCGCAGCAGUCAAUCUUCACAAUAACGAGGCCGGGAGACUGGCCGUAAGAGCCACCAUGAAACGAAUUUGCAGGUGUCAUGGUAUGUCUGAAAGCUGCAGCAUCCAAACCUGCUGGCUGCAGCUCUCCAACUUCCGGGAGAUUGGCAACUACCUGAAGGUGAAGCACGACCAGGCGCAGAAACUGGAUAUGGACAAGAGGCGGAUGCGCUCCGGGAACAGCGCUGAUAACCGGGGGGCGAUCGCGGACGCGUUCAGCACCAUCGCUCGGACAGAGCUCAUCUAUCUCGAGGACUCCCCGGAUUACUGCGCCAGGAACGUCAGCCUGGGACUGUACGGCACAGAGGGCAGGGAGUGUCUCCAGCACGGUGACAGUCUGACCCAGUGGGAGAAACGGAGCUGCCGAAGGCUCUGCCACGAGUGUGGGCUGAGAGUCGAGGAGCGGCGGACGGAAAUUGUCAGCAGCUGCAAUUGCAAGUUCCACUGGUGCUGCACGGUCAAGUGCGAGAACUGCUCUCAGGUCAUUGUCAAACACGUGUGCGCUAGGAGAGAGGGAGGACACGGACAUAACUACAGAAGAAGAGCACGUGGGCACAAGUAA